CGGGAACAAGACACCAACCAUGAACUCCAGCCAGUCUGGGGGUUGCCCAUGCCAGGGCUCUGCCGGCCGCCCAGCUAUUCUGUACGCACUUCUGAGCCCCAGCCUCAGGUCCAGGCCCAUUGCACCGGCAUCUCGCAGCCACUGUCUGUGCCAGCAGCACCGGCCUGUUCAUCUGUGUGCCCCACACCGCACCUGCCGGGAGGCUCUGGAUGUCCUAGCCAAGACAGUGGCAUUCCUCCGGAACCUGCCGUCCUUCUGCCACCUGCCCCACGAGGAUCAGCGUCGGCUGCUGGGGGGCUGCUGGGGCCCUCUCUUCCUGCUUGGGUUGGCCCAAGAUACUGUGACCUUUGAGGUGGCUGAGGCUCCGGUGCCCAGUAUACUUAAACAAAUCCUACUGGAGGAACCCAGCAGCAGUCCCCAGGGUACCCAGCAACCAGACCGGCCACAACCCUCACUGGCUGCUGUGCGGUGGCUCCAGCGUUGUCUGGAGUCUUUCUGGAGCCUUGAACUGGGUCCCCAGGAGUAUGCCUACUUGAAAGGAACCAUUCUCUUCAAUCCAGAUGUGCCAGGCCUCCAUGCCUCCUGCCACAUCGCCCACCUGCAACAGGAGGCUCACUGGGCCUUGUGCGAAGUCCUGGAGCCCUGGUACCCAGUUAGCCAAGGCCGCCUGGCCCGAAUCCUCCUCAUGGCCUCCACUCUCAAGAACAUUCCCUGCAGCCUGCUGGUGGACCUCUUUUUCCGCCCUAUCAUCGGAGAUGUUGACAUCACUGAACUGCUCGAAGACAUGCUUUUGCUGAGGUGACCUGCAGAGUGGGGUCCGGAGCUUCCAAAGGGGAGGAGCUCAACUCCCCAGAUGUAGCCCUCACUUCAGCCACAGCCCCAGUUUGGACUUCCUUGGCUUGGACACAAUGUGCUACUAACUGCCUAAUAGGCCCUUGGUGGCCCCCAAAGCCUCUGGGCCUGGGCCAGGGAUGGGAGCAUGAAUAAGGCUGUAUACAUCAAGCCAGAACUCCUCCUGACUUUGUAUAGAACUAAACUAAGUUAUUGGUUUUUGUAAUAAAAGGUAUGACCAACUGACACCAUAGUUGCCUGUAGAAGGGACGAGCCAAUCUCCAGGGUGCACCCUACUCUUGCCAGAGGGGACUCCUGGGAAGGAACCAGAGACCAGCUCCUUAAUGUUCUAGGGCAGGAUGGUGAUGUCAGUGCUAGGGAUAAGCUUUGUUUUACAGCUGAAUGAGAGGCCACCAGAAAGCCUCUUCUCACUUUUGCCACCUUCACGCCCUUCUCCAUGAGCAGAGGGACUUUCUGUUCCUGUCUCCAGGUUACUGUCCCCUAGAGAUCGUCUCUUACCUCGGAGAUAUUGGGAUUGCAGCUAAUCACAGAAAUGCCCCAUUCCCAAAGUAGACAAGACCACUUUACUUUCAAGAAUUCUUGACCCUCAGAGUACCCCCUUCCUGCAACUGACAGAAGAUACUGGUUCUUUACUCUCCCAGCACCAGGGAACAAAGCAGCCAGAGCUGCCCCAAAAGCAACUUAGAAGCUGAAGCAGGCAGAAGUUUAACUAUGGUAUGGUCACCCGCAGUUAUUAAAGUCUGAAACCACUGUGUCCUG